UCCUUUUUUUUUUUUUGUCUAUAUAACGGGGGAAUGCAGCCACCUAAACUCUCCCCUCACCCAGUCUCGGCAGUACUGAAAAUGCAAACCCAACCAGCUUCCAAGCUUCUCUGCUCUUUCCUUACAUUCUCCUCUCUCUUAUACCAUGGGUUGGGAGCUAAUUGUGCAGCCAAUUCUCCGACGGUGCAACAGACUCAGGUUGGGUUCGACGACCCUCCAAAAUUCAUGGUGGAAGUGCAGAACAAAUGCCCUAUGUGCCCAGUUAUCAAUAUCCAUCUGAACUGCGGAAACUUUACUCAACAUCUGGUCAAUCCCAGGCUACUCAAAGUGCUACGCUACGAUGACUGCGUCAUCAACGGUGGGUUGCCGUUGGCACCCUUGCAAAAAUUAUCCUUCAACUACUCUCAUCAAAAGUUUCUGAUGCACCCUACGACCUGGUAUUUCCAGUGCGAGUGACAGGCCUCUUUACUAAGUCAACAGUUGUUUUUGUAUUUUCCUCUUCUAUUUUAUCCACUUUGUCCGCAACAAAGACAGUUGCUUAGUAGCAAAGGGAAGAAUUAUCUCUUAACAAA